GACCAAGUGGAAAACAUCACCUCGACACAGCAAAUGCUGAAUGCGCAGAUAGCAACCGUUUUCAAGUGUAUCUGGCCGAUGCUGCUCUCGUGCCUUGUAGUUUUUAGUGCGACCCUCCUCAUCUUUCCCGGUGUGUUUUUUGCUGCAGGCACUUCGAAAGAUUGGUACCCGACGAUCAUUGUUGCCAUGUUCAAUCUUGGUGACUUUUUGUCGCGUUUCCUGUUGUUUUUCAAACGUCUGCAGCCCUCACCGCGAUUUGUGCUGGCUGGGUCGUUCUUGCGCACGCUCAUCGUUCCGUUUCUGGUGCUGUGUGUGCGCGGGAUCAUCCCUGGUGACGUCCCCCCGUACAUUAUGUGCCUGUUGUGGGGUCUGACCAACGGCUACUUUGGUGGGAUGGCGAUGAUCCACUGCACCCGCACGCCGUCGCUGACGAUGGCCGGUCAGCGCUCCAUUGCUGGCAUCAUGGCAAACCUGUCACUCCUGCUGGGCCUGUUUUUGGGUUCCUCCCUGGCCAUGGCGGUGAUGAAAGGACUGCCGCGAUAG